UUUCUGAUCAAUUAGACUGUGUCCAAACUUUUGAAUAUGGUGCUCAACACUUCAAAGAUUUUACAGUCAUCAUCAUCAUCAUCAUCAUCAAUCAGCCCAGCUGAACUCGCCUACUAUGGAAACCGUUUGUUAUUAAUCAACGAGAAACUCAUCUCUACAUUGGUGAAGCCAACAAACACGAGUGGCAAUGUCAGUUUUGCUCUUGCUGCUAUAGAGGUUGAAGUCUUCAUGGUUGGACCAAAUGUCACCUUAGAUAAAAUCCCUCGACUUGACACGACAAAUUCUUCUGUGGACAUUGAUCUCAUUGGGAUCGCCAAGAACAACAAUGAAACAAGAUCAGCUGCUGUGGCUUUCAUGAGCUACAACACAAUAGAGAAUCUACUGAAGCCCGACUUCUUCAACACAUCAAAUGACACGAUUAAAACCAUGAUGUCCACCGUGAUCUCAGCUACUCUUCCCAAAACCACCAACACUAAACUCACCAAACCAGUCAACUUCACCCUCAAACACAUCAGAGAGUUCGACCCCAGCGGUUCUCUGUCCUGUGUGUACUGGAAUAUCAGCGAGUGGAUUGUAGAUGGUUGUUCUGUUUUAGAGACCAACAGCAGCUACACUGUGUGUUCCUGUGUCCAUCUGUCAACAUUCGCUCUCAUCAUGCAAACCAGCACACCACCAGAGAGAAAUUCACUGCUGGAUCUGUUGAAUUUGGUGUGUGUGAUCGUGGGGCUGGUGUUCUUCAGUUUGGCCCUGUUGACCUUUGUCCUUUGUCAGUGGAGUCCUGGAGUGAAUAAUGUGGCUCGAAUCAACAUCUGCAUCAGUCUUCUGCUGGCUCACCUUCUGUUCCUGCUCACACAACAGUUCCUGAACCUCAUACGCCGUCAUCAGGUGUUGUGUGCCGCGAUAUCAGGUGUGCUGCACUUCCUCUUUCUCUCCGGCUUUGUGUGGAUGUUCAUUGAAGCUGUGCUGCUCUUCAUCUGUGUGAAGAACCUAUCACAGAUCAGCUCCAAAAAGAGGGAGGUGCUUAGCAGUGGAUUCCUGUGUGUGAUUGGAUAUAUGGUUGCUCUGGUUGUGGUGGGCGUGUCUGCUGCAGUGGUUCCUGAAGGUUAUGGCAGCAAAGACUGCUGGAUUAAAAUGGAUAAAGGUUUUAUCUGGAGUUUUCUGGGACCUGUUUGUGUCAUACUAGCAUUAAACAUAAUUCUCUUCAUCUGCAUCACCAUCAGUCUGAACUCAACUCUCAAAAAUCGGAACGUUGAAGUUUCACAGAUGAAACAAUCCAAGAUUAUGACAUUUAAAACACUGGCUCAGUUUGUGGUUCUUGGUUGCUCCUGGAUUCUGGGUUUCUUCACUAAUGGCAGUAAGGAGCUGGAGAUCCUCUUCCUGAUCUUGAACUCCCAGCAGGGAACCUUCAUCUUCCUUGUCUAUUGUGUCCUUAAUAUUGAGGUCAGACAGCAGUACCGGAAGUUCUUCAGAUGUCUUUGCUGUGGACUUAAAUCCAACAACAUCAAAAGUGUCCAGAAAAAAAUGUUGGGGACUAGAGCAUCCAUAUUCAGGAAAUGAAUGAAGCACCAUUAUCAUACAGUAAAUUACCACUACUACAGAAUCAAUACUUUCAGAUAUUAACACCAGUCUCAGCUUCUAACUUUAAAUUAGUAAUUAGCCUUAAUGGUCUACAUUUUUUAUGUAAAUCUUUUAACUUUCUUUACUAUUAGUUUCUUGGUGGAGGGUUUGUUGCCUCAUUCUUUUAGACCUGUGUGUGAUUUAUUUUACUCUAGACCCCUAAAGUUAUUUGUGUUUCCUUUAGUUCACCUUAGACCUUUAAGAAUAAUGAUGAAGACAAUAAAUGAUUGUAAUGUUUUGCUUAAUAUUAAUCAGUAAAUAAUGUAUUCCCUGGAACAUUCUCAUAACUUUGACUAAUGUUCUGACAAGGUUCUCUCAAAGUUAUGAACAAACAUUAUUCUGGUAACAUUAAUAGAGUGUUUGUUCAAUGUUAUCAGGUCUUUUAUUAUGUUCUCAAUAGGUUAGCAUUAAAAAAAAAAACAUUAUUUAUACAUUGUUUGUAGAAGGUUUUUUGAAUGUCCUCAUAAUGUUGGGAGAAAACAUUCUUUGAACAACAUUCUUGGAACAUCCUUUAAACAUUAGAAUGACAACUAACUUCAAAUAAAUAAGAUUGUGUUUGCUCUGUUAAAAAAACAUCCUUGGAAAGUGAGAAAGGUUUGUAGCCUGUCCCAUAGUUAUUGUUCCUAACAUUCUUUUAUAUAAAGUUUAUACAAGUUUAUUCUGAAAAC